UUUCACCUCAGUUGGAGAUUUAUAAGCUAACAGAAAUGACGAAUUAUAAUUUGCUAUUUUGUGCUACUGCACUAAUUUUUACAAUUUGUAUUUUAAAUGUGGUUACUGCUAAUAACUUUGAUGGAAGGGAAUUAUAUAGCGUAUUUCCGGAGAUUUCAUCGCAAAAUAGAGCGCAAAUUUCAAUGAUUAAAUUGCGUCCUAAACGUGAGACGCAGACAAUUUAUGCGAAAAACCAGUACGAAAGUGUCUUGCAGAAUGUAAAUACGACAGAUAGCGAUGGCAAAAAGAUUGUAGAAACCGCCACAUCAAAUAUAUCAUCGGUGGUAGUACCAUUCUCUGCAAGUGAUAGAAAAGAUGAAGGCAUCAAAUUAACACAGGAAAAAACUACCACAGUACAGCCAACAUUAGGUGUUGUUAACGGGUCUUUAGAAGCUAAAAAACAGGAAGUCAAUGGAUCUGACGAACUGAUUGAAACACCAGAGGAAAAACUUAUUGAUAACGUGGAUGUACCCGACAACGAGACCAUAAGCAAAAUUGAAAACACUAAUUAUACAGUCAACUCUACUAAUGAUCAUCACAUCUAUUACAACAGCUCAAUUUAUGUCGACCAGGCUGAGGCUGACCGAGUGUGGGAAUCUGUAAAAAACUCUACAUUCAAUGCCAUGUUAUCGCAAUCUCAUCGUAGAGCUAUGACAGUGGAGUUAAGCUUCGAUUUUCCCUUUUAUGGUCAUCCUGUUCGAAACGUUACGGUAGCAACUGGAGGCUUCCUCUAUACUGGUGAUUAUGUACACUCCUGGUUAGCUGCAACACAGUACAUUGCACCGCUAAUGGCUAACUUUGACACCAGUUUGUCAAAUGAUUCAUUUGUACGAAUUAAAGAUAAUGGCACGGCAUUCACUGUAGUUUGGGAGAAAGUUUCACUACAAGAUAAACGGGAAGUGCCAGAAUUCACUUUUAGCGCAACUUUGCAUCAGAACGGAGAUAUUGCUUUCAUUUACUACUAUGUUCCUAUCGACAUUAAUGCAAUCCAAGAUGAUAAGCAUCCUGUAAAAGUUGGUUUAUCAGAUGCGUAUAUAAUUGACAAAACUGUUUUCUACGCACGCAGGAAAACUAUUUACGAGUAUCAUCGCAUCAAUUUGUCCAAUACCGGCAUUUCUAACUCAACGAUUAUUUACUUAAAAGCUUUACCGACUUGCCUUGAUUAUAAAGACUGUGCAGCUUGUAGUAACCACAAAACUUCAUUCGAUUGCGCUUGGUGCCCUACUCUAAACAGAUGUUCAACUGGUACAGACCGCAGGAAACAGGAAUGGCAGCAAAAGGGAUGCGAUCGUACUCAAAUAUCGGAUGCAUCAGCAUGUCCUCCUCUGGGCUCGAAAGGAAACAAUGCAACUGCCAGCAGUAACAGUAAUGUCAUUCCUAACACAACCCCAACUUAUGUACCUAGUGGUAGCUCUAGCAAUAACACUCAAAAUAUAAACGAAAACACACCACAUGGAAGCGAAAUAUAUAGACCAACUUUAACGCCAGCACAUGAAGACAAUGAUGUUGCGAGAGUGGUGAAUGAAGCUUUGGAAACACACAAUGAGUCAAAAAGCAUGGGGCUUGCUCUUGGCUUUAUGGUACCCAUUUGCCUAGUGUUAACAUUAAUGCUUUGGGUAUUUUACGCGUACAGAAACCCCCACACUAAAAGUGGUCAACUUCUUAUUCAGUAUCGCCCAAGUCAGUGGUCAUGGCGACGAGGAGAAGCGCGUUACACAGCAGCAACGAUUCAUAUGUAAAGUAAUUGUUUAUUUCCAACAGAUUUAACCCCAAAUCUCUGGUUGCCUCAAGUUCAUUUCAAAUUAUGGCACUGCUGCAAGAGAGUUAUAUCUUUCGUUAUUAAUGAAUCUAUCUCCUUUUAUGUAUAAAUUUAAAUAUAAAGCAAUUGGCAGUACUGAGCAGCCUUCCAAAAUAUGUUUUGUUCCGUUAUUAGUCUAUUCCAAUUUAAUAUCUUAGGAUAACAACUGGGAGUGAAGAAACAUAAAUAUUUAAUUUUAGAGAAUGUGAAAGACAGGUCUACAUACCUAUGUUUAUAUGUGACAUAUUUCAUCUUUUGUUGAUGUUACAGAGAAUAUGCGUUUGCAUUUAUGUACAUACAUACAUUUGUGUAACGAGAAAAUAUAGUCCUGGCUAAUGGUUUUAUUGUCGUAAUUAUUGCUUUACAAUAGAUGUCUGUAUGUAUGUACAUGUGUGAUUUAUAAACUAAGUAAACAAUUUUUAAACUUUCUUGUAUUAAAGUUCAUUAAAGGUUUUUUUUUUUUAAUCUAUGUACCGCUAAACACUAUAUAGAAACAUAUCGUUUGCACUUUUAAAUAUCUACUAUAUGUAUAUUUGUAUAUUUACUUAUUGUUACUUUCAGCAUUCUAUUUUAUUUUAUUUUUUUUGUUAAAAUUUUUAUAGCAAUAUAAUUUUCAACUAUUUGUAACACUGA